AUGACUCAUCUCUGUAAACUACUAAUAACUCUGUUAGCGCUCAUAGCCACAGUACUCCCCUCACCAACCCAAGCUUCUCCCAUAGACUCAUACCAUGAACCUGCACCUGCACCUGCUUCACCUCCUGAAAUCAACAACGAUGACGACCCUCUCUCUCCGCUAUCACACUCUCCUUCUCCUUCAUACCCUUCUGAUGAUGAAGAAGACAUGGCUCCAGAAUACCAAUACCCUUCUCCUCCAUCUUACGCCCCAGGGAUAGAAGAAGACUACCCUUAUGCUGAAAACCCUUUUCCUUCUCCUUCAGAGGCACCUUACUUUGAUGAUAUCAUGGCUCCUGAACCUGAUGCAGAUGAUGAGUUUUAUUAUUCUCCAUAUGAAGCUCCUAGUCCUACAGAGUCCACGUACUCUGCUGGGGUAUCUUAUGACGCUGCUGAUAUAGCUCCCGCUACUCCACCGGUAGUUCCCUUCAGUUAUAGUGCUGAAGACGAUAGUGGUGGUUUCAGUGAUGAAGAGGAGUACCCUGAAUUGAAGAAGGAGAAUAGAUCAGUCAUUGGAUUUGUAAUGGGGGCUAUAUGUUUGGUUGGAUUGGGAGGUUUGGUUUACAAGAAGAAGAAGAAGAAUCAGAAACGCGACCACCCAAUGUACGUACAGUUGUCAAAAAAGAUGGAUGUUUGA